CCGCGUCAGUGUGUGCAGUUGACUUACAGCGGGGCUGUGAGGAGAACUGACGCGAUCCGCUGCUUUUUCUUUAUAUUUUCUAUUUUUUUCGACACUAAACAAUUAAUUUUAAGGGUUUAAAACUUUCACCUAUUCUUUCUAUUAUUUCGACAGUCGUGUGAAUAAUUUCUCGUGGUAAAGUUUUCGACCCUAGACGGGUUGAAGUUAUAUUUGAGAGGAGUUUUUUUUUAAGGCUGGGCCUUUUUUAAGCUCGGUUGGAGAGCGACUUUGGCGUUUUUCCCCCCUGUUGGUUUGAUAAAUGCUAUUUACCAAGAUGGACCUGUUGAACUAUCAGUACUUGGACAAAAUGAACAACAACAUUGGCAUUUUAUGCUACGACGGCGAGGCAGCGCUGCGUGGAGAGUCCAGAAUGCAGCCAGUAUCUUCUCCAGUCAAUAACCACAGGACAGCUCCUCCUCCCAUCAGCCCCAGCAAGCGGAAACACAGCAUUGACCUGAACGAUGACAGCAUGGACCCCAACAAUGAGCACAUGGCCAAGAUGAGCCGCCUGUUCGCUACACACCUAGGAAAGCCCACAAAUGGUGAUUACCGCAGGGAGCCUCGUGAACGGAGCCGCAGCCCCAUUGAGCGCCUGCACGCCGCCCACCUUUACACACACAUGCCAAACCUGGCCAUGGAGCAGCCACUCGCACUCACCAAAAACAGCCCCAAGGUCCCCACCUCACCGAGCGCCAGUCCCAUUGAGCGGCAGCAGAAUCGGCCCUCGGUGAUCACAUGUGCCCCUGCGAACAACCGUAACUGUAACCUCUCUCACUGCACUGUCUCUCACAACGGCUGCUCGCCUUCAAACUACAGGAGACCUUCUAACUCAAAUGCAGCAUGUGACCCUGUGAUCGAGGAGCAUUUCCGCCGCAGCCUUGGGAAAAACUACAGAGAGCCGGAGCCAGUCACCAACUCUGUGUCCAUCACCGGGUCUGUGGACGAUCACUUCACCAAGGCGCUGGGAGAAACCUGGCUCCAAAUCAAAGCUAAGGGAAGCUCCACUGGAAGCCCCGACUCAUCACCUACGGCUCACAUGGUCAACAUCAAUCACUCUCCAUCCUUAGUUUCCUGAAAUAGAGGACCAGCUGUGCAUCCCGCUCUCCUCCCAAACUGCUUCCUCUCAAAGUGACCGUGCAUGAUUCAGCUUCGCUUUGGGCGUCAGCAUAUAGCCGUGUACAUAAACUGACAGGUUUCUCAUUUGUUUGUUUGUUUUCUUUUCUUUUUUAAAAAGUUAGCUUGGAGGCCCACAAGAAAAAAGAAUGAGGAAAAAGGAUGUGAUUUUGGUUUUGAGGAGAGUCAGCUAGCAUCCUAACCACCUGCCUCAGAUACCAAAGAAACCUCUGAUGCAAAGUCAUUGUCCAGUUUUCUUACUUCACACCUGAACACUCUGGUUGUCUCGCACCAUAUUUUAUACCUGUAGUGUUUUUAAAUAGCCAGACAUCUUUUCAAGGAUGAUCUCUCUGUUUGUACACUUGGGAAAGAGGCGAGAUGCCAUGAGGGUUUAUGUUUCUACUAAAAUUUCUGAAUACCUUUAAGAAAGGCAAUUUUUGUUUGUUUGUUAGUUUUUUUUAAUCGAGACAUCCUAAUCCUGAGAAGAGAUUUUGAUUAGUAAAACUGCCACCAGCUCUCCCCUCUCAUGCUGCCUUGUUUUUCUAUGCGGAACCUUGACGGAAAGUCUUUUGCACUAUUAACUAUUAAGUGACUCUUUUGGGCGGCACAGUGGUGUAGUGGUUAGCACUGUCGCCUUGCAACUCCAGGGUCCAGGUUC